AUGACCAGUCUGUAUGACUGCAGUCUGUAUGACCGCAGUCUGUAUGACUGCAGUCUAUAUGACCGCAGUCUGUAUGACUGCAGUCUGUAUGACCGCAGUCUGUAUGACUGCGGUCAUACAGACUGCGGUCAUACAGACUGCAGUCUAUAUGACCGCAGUCUGUAUGACUGCAGUCUGUAUGACCGCAGUCUGUAUGACUGCGGUCAUACAGACUGCGGUCAUACAGACUGCAGUCUAUAUGACCGCAGUCUGUAUGACUGCAGUCUGUAUGACCGCAGUCUGUAUGACUGCAGUCUGUAUGACCGCAGUCUGUAUGACCGCAGUCUGUAUGACCGCAGUCUGUAUGACCGCAGUCUGUAUGACCGCAGUCUGUAUGACCGCAGUCUGUAUGACCGCAGUCUGUAUGACCGCAGUCUCAUCACAGAGGAGGCUGAACUCCUGAAAUUCCUGAAUUUCUCCAAAACCUUGUUUGAUCGAGUCGACACAGUUCCUGUGGAGCCUCAUCAGCCUCAGCCCACGACCCCAGCCCCUGAACCUGGCCCUACGGCUGCGGAGACCGAGACCGAGCUCCAGACCACAGACCGGGCUCCGAGAGAACCCACCACCAGGGAGGAGGAAGAGGUAGUGGACGCGAGCCCGACCGUGGACUCUGCUCGCCGCACCAGCGCUGAGACGCCCACCUCCACCCUCGGCAACAGCCUGGACCUGGACCAGAACCAGGACCAGGACUGGUUGGAGCCCGCUGUGUCUGACACAGAGCUCCACAACGAGAUUGUUCCCGCAGACCCCCGCGGAAGGAUGUACGAGCUGGAUGCACCCAAAGAAGUGACCUCCGAGAACCUGUGGGAGAGGACCGACGUGCUGGCAGCCAUCAUCGCGUGUGGCGUGGUGGGCUUCCUCUGCGCCGUCUUCCUCCUCCUCCUCCUCGCCUACCGCAUGAAGAAGAAGGACGAGGGCAGCUACGACCUCGGGGAGACCAAGCUGACCAACACGGCCUACCACAAAGCCCCCACCAAGGAGUUCUACGCGUGA